GACUAACCGCGUAUAAGUGGAUGCGGCAACCUACAGUACAGUCUGCGGAGGUCAUCGAGCUGAAAGUCGUUAAAAAAUCACUUUAAAAUGGCAGUGAAUUCACAAGUUCGAAGUAUCUUCAGAUCAGGGUUAUUUGCCAAUAAAGUUGCCAUCGUUACUGGAGGUGGAACGGGUUUAGGGCGUGCAAUUACCCAAGAACUUCUCUACUUAGGUUGCAAAGUGAUUAUUGCAUCAAGGAAAGUGGAAAGAUUACAGACUGCUGCAGAUGCCCUGAAUAAAUCAUUACCCAGGGAUUCAACAGCAGCUAUCCAUGCAAUUAAAUGCAACAUUAGACAAGAAGAUGAGGUGAAAUCUCUUAUGACGACUACAAUUGAGAAGUAUGGGAAGAUUGACUUUCUAGUCAACAAUGGAGGUGGUCAGUAUCCUUGUCCCCUCUCUGAGAUAUCAAGCAAAGGAUGGAAUGCAGUGAUUGACACAAACCUAACUGGAACAUUCCUGUGCUGUAGAGAAGCUUUUCAAGCCUGGAUGGGAGAACAUGGAGGAGCCAUAGUCAAUAUUAUUGUUGAUCUGUGGAAAGGCUUUCCAUACAUGGGGCAUACUAGUGCAGCAAGGGCAGGCAUAGAGAAUUUGACAAAAACAGCUGCUGUUGAAUGGGCACCUCAUGGAAUCAGGAUCAACUCAGUAGCUCCAGGUACAGUGUUUGGGAAAGAAGCUGCAGAGCAUUAUGGGACAGAAGAGAUCUUCAAGCUAGCCAUCCCUAACAUUCCUGCUAAGAGAUUGGGAACACCAGAAGAGAUAUCAGCAGCCGUUGCAUUCCUUCUAUCUCCAGCUGCUGCCUACAUCACUGGAGAAUCAAUCAAAGUAGAUGGUGCGUCUAGUUUAUACAUGCCACCCGGGGGAUACACAGUCAAAGACCACAAUAACAUGCCAGCCUACAAGUGGGAGACUGAUAAUGGGGAUGAAGGUGGGAAUAACCCUGGUGGCUUGUCAUCAAAAUUAUAGCAAGGACAACCAUGAAGGAAAAUAAGAAGAACAUCUUGAGAAUGAAGAUGAAGGUGAGAAUCAAUCAGUGAAACGAUGCCUUAGCUUGAUGAACCUAAUGGAGAAAGAUACGGUAUUCAUGGAAAUAUAUAUCAAUCAUUCUUAAAUUUCUCUGGCCAUAUUAACCAUCUUGGAAAUGAAGAUAUAUCUUUAUGUAAAAAAUGAGAAAUAGAAAUGUGAUGAGUCACAAUCAAGCUGCUAUGGAAAGUGGAAGUUUUCACUAUUAUCAAGUCUGUGUUCGUCAUGUUUAUCCUUUAUCAUAAUUAUGCGAAGGGCAGAUGAUAUCUAUGCAAUAUAAAUGAAGUGUGCCAACAUCUAAUUCCCUGAUGAUAAGGCAAUGCGUGAUCUAUAGGCUUGUCCAGAUUCUUUUGCUGAAAUAAGCUAUUGGAUAUGGAGGUGACCUUGAAAACUACUUGAAAUGGAGUAUAGAAAGAUGUUUGAUACUAGUUUUAUUCUGCAUAAUUAAUGAGUUUUUAUGAGAUGUUGAAAGCCAUGAACGAGAUUUCCUUGGUAGAAUCUUUGGAAAAACUUGAAAUCUUGUGUUAUUGGAUUGAGUUGACUGAUGCUUUCAUAACUAUUAAUCAUGAUACAACUCUGACCAAAUCAAUUUAAAUUACUGAUGCUAUUAUCAGUAGAUGUGUCUGUCAUUGUAAUGACUAAUGAGGAUGAAAAUCUCAUGACUGAAAUAGGCAUCAUGUAUAAUGUGAAGCUACAUGGAAUCGUAUAAAAAAGGGAGAUACUGAAAUAUUUUAUCGUAUGUUUAGAACAGUAUUCUAUUAGAGCUCCAGAGGCAGUAUCAUGAUGAAUGCACAAGAUGUUAUUUUCAUUUUAUAAUUUUUGAAGAUGGACUGUGUUUUCUUGGCACUGCUAAUGUAUCUUUCAUCAUGUUUUAU